CUUUGACAUCGCACAAAUCCAUAUUCCAAUUUCCCCUCAUCGUCAUUCCGUCAACCCCUGAAACCGGCUAUCUCUGAUCUCUUGCUGAGUUGAGUUCUCUCCCUGUGGGACAACAAGCAACAACAGCAGCAUCAAUGGCAGCAACCAUGGCUACGAUGGCUUUGCUCAACGCCAAAUGCUUGAGCCUCAAGUCACCUAACAAUCUUAACCCCUCCAAGCCAUCUGUAAAGCCCCUCUCCCUCCUUUCCCUCCAAAACCUCCCCAAAGGUCUCACCACCUUCAAAUCCUCGGACAGUUUAAACUUGUCAUCUUCCCUAGCUGGGACUGCCAUUGCUGGUGCAAUCUUCUCCACAUUGAGUUCUUGUGAUGCGGCCUUGGCAGCUCAACAAAUUGCAGAGAUCGCUGAAGGCGAUAACCGUGGCCUUGCACUCCUACUACCCAUAAUCCCUGCGAUUGCUUGGGUGCUCUUCAACAUUCUUCAACCAGCACUCAACCAAAUCAACAGAAUGAGGAGCUCCAAGGGGAUUCUAGUAGGGCUUGGGGUUGGAGGGUUGGCUGCGUCAAGAUUUGUGUCUCCGCCAAGUGCAUCGGCUAGUGAAAUUGCCAUGAUUGCCGAUGCCUCGUCCAGCGACAACCGAGGUACACUUGUAUUGAUUGUCGUUGCUCCUGCUAUUCUUUGGGUCCUCUACAACAUUCUUCAACCGGCUUUGAACCAGAUCAACAGGAUGAGGUCACAGUAAGAACAAGGGUCAUCAUGAUCAGAUGGGAUGGGUGGCUGAAAGGUGGUUACACCUGUUCUUGACUCCUUGUGUAUGAUUUCCCUUUCCUUUUUCUUUCUUUUGGAAUUGUUGUAUGGAGUUUACUCAUCUAGUAAAUGGGUUGUAUCGCUAUAGGAUUCAUGUAUAUCAUAGCCCAAGGUGAGACUAAUAUAUAUGGUUUCUGUAUCUACAUCUUUUUGUUGCUCGGUUACAUGAAUUCAGACGACUAGAGUGGAAUAAAUAUUGGCGAUUAUAGUUUGUUA